UGUGUGUCUGUACCAAAGGAAUGAACUACAAAGCCGAGCAAGAUAAGAUAGACCGCUAAGCGUGAGCAGCUGAGGCUAAAGUUUAUAAACAUCUGAUCCAAUACAUCGACCUCAAAAGCGAACAGCAAAAGACAUCUAUAUAUCGAUUAUCAGCGAAAGUUAUUUAACAGUGCGGCGUCAGUUGUGCAGACAAUUGAAACCACUGCUGCGUUUUUUUGUAAGUUUAUCUGUUGUAAAUUAAUCCCAUCCAAUCGAAAAUGGGUUUUACAUCAACUGCAGUAAAGGUAUCGAUAUUCGUGGCAAUAGUGGCCAUCCUACCGGGAUUGCCACCCUUUCCAACGUUUCCAUUCAAAGAAUUCAGUGUUUUACCGCCACGUCCCCUGGAAGGGGUCCUCGCUCCCAAUCGGCUUCUCAACAAUCCACAACCGUGGCUCGAGAACCAGUUGGUGGCUCCGGAGUCCAUUCUAGUCCGAGGCAACAGCACAUUCGCUUCGAUAACCGGUGGAAAAAUCGUCGAGAUCACCGGCAACGACCAGAUCCGAGUGAUUACCAAAUUCGGUGUGGAGUGUAAGGGUCCCUACCAGGAGCGCGAAUGCGGACACCCCCUUGGGAUAGCGUUCGACACGCAGGGCAACAACCUGAUUGUGGUUGAACCGUACUUCGGCAUCUAUCAGGUUCAAAUCAAAACCGGCCAGCAGAAGCUGCUGGUAUCGCUGGAUGAGGUCAUCGAAGGAGGCAAAGUGUCCCGGAAGCCCGGAAUCCCGAUGAACUUGGAUGUGGCCAAAAAUGGAGACAUCUAUUGGUCGGAAAUGUCGUCGGAUUUCCGCUUUGAGGAUGGCUUACAGGCGAUGCUACUGAAUCCAUCGGGACGUCUCGUGCACUACUCACGUGCCACCGGCAAGAACAGGGUUCUGAUCGAUGAGGUGUUCGGUGCAAGUGGAGUGGCACUCAGUAAAGACGAAAGUUUCGUUCUGGUGGCAGAGUUGGGAGGGCAAUUGAUUCGUCGGUAUUACCUGAAAGGCCCCAAGGCGGGUACUCACGAUAUUUUCAUCGACAGACUACCAGGUCAGAUCGAUAACCUUGUCGAAGACGACACGGGUAUCUGGGCAGCUGUAUUGAUUGCAGUUGACGAUGAAAACCCUUCGCUCUUGGCCAAGCUGGCAUCGUACCCGAAAGCCCGGAAGUUCCUCGUACGGUUGAUGAGUAUGCUUGAGGUUCCAUUCGAGUACCUUUAUGCGAAAACAGGAAGCCAUCUGGCCUUGCGGGUGUCGCAUUUCAUCGGAAACUUCAACAGUGUGGCCGCUCUAUUCCCCAAGCGUGGCACGGUUCUGCGUCUGGACUGGGACGGAAACAUUCUGGCAGCACUGCACAGCGACGAUGGCCACACCAAUUUGGUUGCGCAUGCCGUGCAGAGUGGAGACUAUCUGCUGCUCGGUUCACCGAUGCACAACUCCAUUAGGAAAGUUAAGCUAACCGAAGAGGUGCUACGGAUUGUGUCCCCAGGGCGGAAGGUUGCCCAGAAGGUUACGAUCGAUGUCAAUGAGAAAGAGAACAAAGUGAAACACGAAGAUUUGUGAGCGAGAUUACGUUUUAGGGAAAUGUUAAAUUGAAUGUGUAAAUACUCAAUUGUGUUUUUGAGUCCAAUAUACACGUUGAACACAAAAA